AAGGACUUAUUGGGUACCACAUCCUGCCAUAAUGUAAACUGACCUGAAGGAGGAACACAUCAGAAGUCACAUAUAAACCAGCUGUGUAGGAGAGAGACUCAUCUAACAUUAACUAAUAGCUGCAAUAAUAACAGCUUACAUUUCACAAACAAUUGACAAGAAGACUGACUCAAAUCUGUUUAAGGAGACAGACUUUUUAAACUUCACAAGGUACAGUCAACAGGAGAUUUCAGAGACUACAUUCGACAAACCAAUCAAGUACCUACCAAUCAACGAAUUCCUACCAAACAAACAGAAACAACAACUAAUCAAAGGAAACAAUUAACCACCUCCAAACGAGCUAGAAAUAAAAAAUACCAGAAAAGUAAAUCGCAAGUCAAACACCUCAUGAGAAUUCUUGGUUGUAACACUAUAAUCCAAUAUCCCAACCCCCUCACCUGGCUUGGGAUUAGAUCUAAGGAUAAAGUGACACCAGGUCUGAAAACAAGGCCCACUCAUUUUUCCUGCAGUUGUGAUUAGGAACAGUCAUUGCUGGGGUAUCUUGCAAUCUUGCAUGACACAGCAUAUCAGAUAACUGCAUAACUGGGAGUGGAUGCAAUCAACUAAGGAAUAUAUCAUGUUCUUGUACAGUUAGGUCCUGACAUUGAUAGAGCUGGAAUUUAUAAGGCGGAGGAGGUGACAAAAAUUGUAGGAAGUCUAAUUAUUAUCAUAUAUUAAAAACAGAGAUACUUUGGAGAAAACACUGGUUCUGAUUUCCUACAUCUAAAAAGAGUGACUUCUGUCUCUGAUAUUAAUAAGAGAAAACUUUUAUCUAAGUUCACAGAAGAUUGUCUAAAUAUCACAUGGAUUAAAAAACUAAAUUGUAGUACUUUAUACAUUAAAUAAGAUUUUGAGAGAAUUUAUAACAGUUUUAAAGAAAUCCCAACUAACCGGAACCCACACACAACAAUUGAGUGAAAACAUUACCAUUAAUCAGCAACUAGACUAUACAAACCAAUUCACUGACUGAAUACUGAACUGUACAUUUGAACAGGUGAAAGUUUGAGGCAACCGCAGAAUUGAAAAAGGAAGUUCCAAAUGAGCGGCUCUCACAUUUAUCUUCCUGUGUGUAUGAUAGCAGUGAAACCACAAUAUAAUUGUUGUCAUAUGUUGCAGUGUGUAUCUGUACCAGGGGCUUGUCGUGUCUGCUUUUCAGCGCCUGGAGCUUCAUAAAGUCUGAACUCAGAGCCUUCAAGAUAGUUCACCAAAAAGGAUAAAUUUUAGUAGGAUUCUAUGUAUAUACUUUAUUUUAGUCCAAUGCGGAUAAUAGGAUACAUUUUAACAUAUGUCUGUUUUUCAUUGGUGUGAAUGACAUUUAUGUUGAUGAACACAUUCAAUUUUGAUACUGAAAUUAAACAUCUACAGUUUUUUUAACAAUAACAAGAAGAUUAAUAACAUGAGACCAGUGUAAAGGAAUACCAUAACUAGUGUCUAGGAUUAACCUAUGUAAGGAGUAAUUCACAGGAUUAAAAGCUGGGAUUAAGUUGAGGAUUAAAGCCAGUAUUAAGAUUAUUAAGGAUUAAUUUCAUUUGGACGCAAGAUUCAAGAUGGAUGAUGAGAAUAAGUAUGACGAUGUCCAAGAUGAGAAUGAACUCAAUAGAAUGCUUGCGGAGGCAACAGUUUUUACAGAAAGACGUAAACUUAGGGCUGCCUUAAGAAAGUUAAAGGAGAAGAAAGAAGCUGAAGCCGCCAAAGCAAACCAGAAGGAUUACAGUGGUAUUGAAGACAUUGACCAACUACAAGUAUUGUUGAAUGAUGCACCCAACUAUGAUGAGAAGAAGCGAAUCCGAGCACAAAUGCGGGAAGUCAGAAAGAGGCUGCGAGAAGGAACAGGAACAUCAUCAUCAGCUCCAGCUAAAUCUGAAACGCUUAGAGACACUUCUAAAUCUAUCACGAAAGACACAUCUAGGGUUGACACAUCUAGAAAGGACACACCUAGUGCAAUAAGGGAGACUGCAACUCUGAAAGAGAAAACCAAGGUAGAUACUGAAUCAGUCACUUCAGUUAAAUCAGCUCCACCAGCCCCUGAACAAAAUGGUGAAACUCCCAAGGAAGAAACUUCUGAUAAACCUGAAGAGGUUCGUAAUAACACCAGUGAGGCCCCUUCUAAACAGAGCAAAGCAGUUGCCGAUGUGACAAAUGAGGCUCCUUCUAAACAGAGCAAAGAUAGUGAGAAGGUGACCAAUGGUGACGCUGAUAAUCUCGAGGAUAUACAGAGUAUGCCCAUCUUGGAAAAAUUGUUGGAGGAUACCAAGGAUUUCAGCAGAAGACGAGAGAUUCGAGCAGCUAUGAGGGAGUUACGUGCCAAGAUUAAAGAGGGUGUUAUGACAGUUGCAGAAAGACCAACCACAGAAAUGUCUGUCACACAAGGUGAUGAUGGCUCUGUCACCAUGAGAGCCAGUAGUGUCACAGAGGGUGGCACACGAGUUGUCAAGACAACUGUCAAACACUCCCGCACUCCUAGCCAAUCAGAAAUCACUGAAAAAGACACAGUUGUAACCACAACAACAGAGGUACCAGGAUGUGGUGAUUUUGCCGAAACUGAUCAUAUUGUGACAAAACGAAAAGUCACUUCGAGGAAAUCCGAAUACUAUGACUCGCAGGCGACAUCAACGAAGACGCUUCAUACACGGUCUGGUUCAGAAUACACAGAAAUGGAUCUUGUUCAGGAACAUGAGGAAGAGUCAGUCUCUAAGGAUGAACAGAAGGCAGAUAGGACGCACACUAACGUCAUUGUGAGGAAGCCUAGUGUUGAAAUGGUACUGGAUGAUGCUGAUACUGAUGUGUUCACUGAACCUGAUAUUGCAGUGGAGCUACUGGAGGCUUUGAGUGAUGUCACAGUGACAGAAGGGGAGGUGGCUACCCUACAAUGUAAAAUACAGGGCCCAAAAGAACCAACUGUUACAUGGUACAAGGACAGUGCAGAAUUGAAGGAAACCCCCAGUAUUAAGCAGACAUUCACCUCAGGUGUGUGCCAGUUAGAGCUGAGGGAGACAUGUGUGGAUGAUGGGGGACAGUACACAUGUAAGGUUGCCGGGGGCAACACUGAGAUGUCAACAACAGCAGGCCUCAUAGUCAAUGCAAGAGAAGUUGCCCCUAAAUUCAUCAAAGAACUCUUGGACCAGACGGUAGAUGAUGGUGCAAAUGUCACAUUUUCCUGCAAAGUAGAAGCAAAUCCUCCACCCACAAUCAUAUGGCGCCAUAAUGAUAAGCUCAUCAAAAGUAACGCUGAUUUCAAGCAGAUGUUUUCUCAGAAUGAGGCUAAGAUGGUGGUUAAUGAGGUCUUCCCAGAUGACAAUGGAAAGUAUACAUGUAUUGCGAAGAAUUCAGUAGGAGAGGCAUUGACUAUGUGUACAUUGAAGGUCUUAGCCCAAGAAGUUGCCCCUAAAUUCAUAGAAGAACUCUUGGAUCAGACAGUAGAUGAUGGUGCAAAUGUUACAUUUUCCUGCAAAGUAGAAGCAAAUCCUCCACCCACAAUCAUAUGGCGCCAUAAUGAUAAGCUCAUUAAAAGUAACGCUGAUUUCAAGCAGACGUUUUCUCAGAAUGAGGCUAAGAUGGUGGUGAAUGAGGUCUUCCCUGAUGAUAACGGAGAUUAUACAUGUAUUGCGAGAAAUUCAGCAGGAGAGGCAUCAACUAUGUGUACAUUGAGAGUCUUAGAAGAUAAGCCUAGCAUCCCAGAAGUGAUAGAAAAACUAAAGAACACGUCAUUCAAAGAUGGCCAAAUUGAUGCGACACUUCAGUGCGUCUUAAGUUCAUCCAUGACGCCAUCUAUCAUGUGGUACAAGAACAACAAAUUUCUGAAACCAUCUGAGGAUUUUCAACAAACAUAUAAAGAUGGCGUUGCAAAGCUUGUGAUAAGUGAAGUUUUCCCAGAGGAUGCUGGGACAUAUGAAUGCGUUGCUAUGGCAAAUAAUGAAGAAGCCUCAACAAAGUGCAAGGUUAAUGUUACAGAGAUAACAAUUCGUAAAAUUGAGGCUCCAAAGUUCACUAAAUAUCUCAGUGACAUAGAGGUCAAGGAUGGUGACAGUGUGACUCUUAAGUGUCAACUCACUGCUGGAAAUGGAACUGAAGUGAAGUGGUAUAAAGACGGCAAAGUUUUACGAUCAAGUAAAGACUUCAAACAGACAUAUAUAGAUGACGUUGCUAAACUGGCAAUUGAUGAAGUAUUUGAGGAUGAUACUGGGAAGUACCGAUGUUUCGCUAAAAAUGAGUCGGGACAAGAUGAAACUACCUGCACAAUGACAGUAUUAGAGCCCAAAAAGAUGUUUGCCCCUGAUGAAAACCAGAACCAGCCAAAGAUUGAAGAUGUAGUGUCCACACUGAAAAAGGACAGCAAGCCAACGAAUAACACAAUAGAGAAUAAAAGCAACAAACCCUUGAACAAAGACAACAAAAUCACAAGCAAUGACAACAAGGCAGGAAGCAUUUACAACAAUAAACCUACAAGUGAUCAUGGGGGCAAGGUCAACGACACCACCAAGGUCAAGGACACCUCAGAGGUCAAGGACACUGUCAAGGUCACAAAUACCAUCAUGUCUUCAACAGAUGACUUUAGUGCCAUCACAGAUGAGGAAGAACUCAUGAAAAUAUUAAACAAAACAGAAAACUUUGAUGACAGAAAGAAGAUCAGGGCCCGGUUACGAGUGAUACGAGAACAAGCUAGAGCUGAGGCAGAGAAACGACGUCAAGAACGUGAAGCUGCAUCAAAAGAUGUUGUCAAAGAGCGGCAAAGACGUGCUGAGGAAGAAAAACAGCGAAAAUUACGAGAAUUCCAGGAGAUGGCGGCCGAACCAAAGAAAGAUACUGGUAUUGACCCAGUUGCUCGUCGUAAGAUGGAAGCCGACAAAGCCAAGAAUGAAAAACUUGAAUCAUUUGCUGAACAAGCCAAAUAUGAAUCUUCCAUGUAUGCACCCCAGUUAGAUAAAAAGGUUGAAAAGAAACUAGCAGAGGCGAAGCAAAGUGGUGAAACAACUACUACAGAAGAGACAACAGAAGAUGGCGGCACUAGGACAACAAAAACAUCCAUGACAACAACUGAUAAAGAUGGUACCACAACUAUAACAAAGAAAACCACAACAGUUAGCCAAACCUCGGGAGUGGGAGGAACCGCCUAUGCCAUUAAAAAAUCAGCAGAAGAAACCGCCAAAAACCUCGCCAACGAUUUUGGAAAAAGCAGCUCACCUGGUACCACUGGCCAAGUUUCUGUGAAAACUCAAUCGUGGAGCUCACGCGAUGGUGUGAUGAAGACGGAGGAGAAGUCCAAAUCAUGGGGAGGGGGAGGUAACAAUCAGCUGACCCCUAGAUCUCCAGGCAGAGGCAUGGGCGCCAUAGCGGCUCUCGCUGGAGGCCCUAAGAAACCUAUGGGGGCACGUGGUGCAAUGGCAGCAUUCAAGAAGAUGGAUCAGGCUACGGGAGGCGGUAACGCACCUGCAAGACCCAACUUUUUUAACGUCGUCAAGCAAGCUUCAAAUAAACCGUUGAAUUUGAAUAAUGUGCGGCGGAGUGCAGUAGAAAUAAAGGCUGAGAUUUUGAAGUUUGUCCAAGCCAACACUAAAGACUAUGGGAUCGAGAUUACCAACUUCAGUGGUGCCUGGUCGGAUGGCAGGGCAUUCUGUGCUCUCAUUCAUCACUUCUACCCUGAUGCUUUCAACUGGGAGGAACUUGAUCCCAAGAAACGUCGCUAUAACUUCACACUUGCCUUUGAUACAGCAGAGAAGCUAGCUGACAUUGCUCCCCUCCUUGACGUGGAAGACAUGGUGAUGAUGAAGAAGCCUGAUUGGAAGUGUGUCUUCACCUACGUUCAGAGUUUCUACCGGAGAUUCCGCAACCACGAGGAAAACGCUGACAAACCUGCCGAGCAGUAGACUCCAUAUAAGGGAUAUCGUCCAGUAGAUUUAAUGUGCUCUUAAUUUCAUGCUUAGAAUGCAGUCAGUAACCAGUAACUGUUAUGUGUAAGUUGUCGCGGAGGGUUGGCGAAAGUUCGCUUUUGAUUCAGAUUUGUGUGUCACAUUUUGUCAGCCAAUCAGUGAAGUUCACCAUCAAGGAGUCAACUGGAGGGGGUAAUGAGGUAAUGACUACAAUUACCUUGGUUACCAGAGUAACCGACUCGUCCCAACUCCCUAGAAGUGUCAUAUAGGUGGAUGUUCAGUUAUGUUACAUGAGUGGAGGUCAGAUGUUGAUGAUAUUAUAAUGACAUUAUCUCAGUCGUACUUAUAGGAUCGACAUACACUGAUUAUGUUCAUCAGAAUCCAUGGUACAAGUGUCAAAGAUCAUACAAAAAGUGUCAAAUAUAUCCCCAUCUUUAGGGAAGUACAAAUAUGAUCAUGAUCACAUUGACAAAGUAACAAUAAUCACAUUGCCAUUUGGAUCUAUUUAAAACCCAUAGGAGUAUGAAAUGCUGCUGAUGUGAAAAGCAAGUAUGUAGGAAACUAUAGAUAAACCAUAAUCUUUAUCAAGAAACUAUUGAUAACGCAAUUAAUUGUGGAGAAACUGGAUAGCCAAUAAAACUUUAAAGAAACUAUGGAUAACCCUUAAAACUUUAGAGAAACUAUGGAUGACCCAUGAAGUUUUAGAGAAAUGAUGGAAAGCCCAUUUAAUUAUGGAGAAACUGGAUAACCCAUAAGAGAAACCAUGGAUAACCCAUGAACUUGAAAACUACGAAAACGGAUAUACAUUGGCAUUGUGUUAACAUUUAACCCACAUUCAGACUUU